AUGGCAAAGACGCUGGAAAAGACACGCAAGCAGAUUGCGAAGAAGAGAAAUGGGACGAUUGAUGCCCUUCACCAGAAAAGCCGGGAUUCGAAACGGCUUCACCGAGCCCAGGUCCGGGACGACCGUCUCGAGAAAAUUGCCGAAGCAAGGCGAAAGAAAGACCAGCCCCUCCUUGCCCGUGCCGCAUUCUUUCAGACGGCCGUCCAGGACAAUGGAGACAAGCCUCUCGCACUUGAGGCUAUCCAGGCCAAGAUCAACGAAUUCGUACAUCAACACGAUGAGGAAUAUGAAGAGGUGAAGAAGUCGCGCCGUCCAGGGCGGCCGGCAAGCACCAAGGAGGAUCUCCUGAGAAUGAAGAUCUCGGCUCUUGAGAAAGAGCAGCGCGACGGGUUUUAUCUGCCGGACCUCACCACCGAAGCGAACGUGCAGCUGCUCAGCAGAUUCGAAGGGUCCUGGUCGUACCUGACCAAUCUGGCCUGGGUCAAGGUUUCAGCCGCAGGCCAUGUUAAGCCGUCCAGUUUUCCUCCUCAGGGGCUUUAG